AUGGUACUAAACAACAACCACAAGCUAUACCUAUCCCAUGCACUAACAUCAUGGGUCGACCGCUCCUUCGAAUUCGCGUCCUACCUCCUCAUCUCAAAAAUCUACACCUCCUCCCUCCUCCAAGCCUCCGUCUACGGUCUCACCACCACCCUUACGGCCCUCAUCCUCAGUAACCAGAUUGGCAACUGGAUCAAUAUUCUCUCGAGGUUGAAUACUUAUCGAGUCACGCUCCUGAUCCAGAAGAUUAGUAUUGUUGUUAGUACUGUACUCUUCUACUACCUCCUCGUCCUCAAUAACAACAACAACAUCGACGACAGCGGUGGAACACUACAUAGAUCGAGCAAUCGACUGUACGCGGUGAUAACCGUCCUAGGAUGCACGCUCAAGCUGUCUUUCAUCGGGAAUUGUAUUGCGAUCGAGAAGGACUGGGCGUUUGUUAUCUCGGAGGGUCAUCUCGAGGUCCUUCUGCCGACCAUGAGAAGGAUCGAUCUGGUCUGCAAGACCGUCUCGCCUGUCUUUGUAGGGUUCCUACUCGCAGCUCCCUCGCCCCUCGUCGCCACAAUCGUCAUCUGUGCCUGGACUGCUGUCUCGGCUGUGGUGGAGUAUAUCCUUGUCAGUCAGAUCUAUAAUGACGUUCCUGCACUCCACUCCCGAGCGCCAUAUACACCACCAACACUAACAACAUCAGCAACUCAAGCAGAGUCGAACCAACAGGAACAGGAGGAAGAAGCAUCAGUCCCUGUCAGCUUCCGAGAAUAUAUCCACCACAAGACAUUCCUGAUAACCCUCUCCGUCGGGAUGCUCUACAUCAACGUCCUCUCCUUUGGCGGCCCCAUGACCUCCUACCUGGCCAUGAUCGGCUACAGCAACAGCCUCCUUGGUAUCAUGAAAGCUGUCUCAGGAAUAAUGGGCGUCGCAGGUACCUAUGCCCAACCCUUGCUCUCCAAGCGAAUCGGCAACGUCCGCACGGGUCUCUGGUCCAUUUGGCAACUCUCCCUCUCUCUCUCCCUCGUACUCAUCGCCAUCGUCAACAAAGCCCACGACACCCCUACAACCACAUCUGUGUUGAUAUUCGGCGGUAUGGCGGUCAGUCGCUUGGGGCUAUGGAUGUUUGACAUUGCAGAGUCGCUGAUCCUUCAAGAAUACACUUCGUCAAGUCACAUCACGAGUAUCACUGGGUGGCAGUACAGUACGUGUAAUCUGUUUGACCUGUUGCAGUAUGUGUUGACGAUUGUAUGGUCGGAUCCGGCGGUGUUUGUGGUACCGACUGGUAUUUCUGUAGGGGUUGUUGUGGCUGCUGCGGGGGUGUACACAGGCUUUGUGUGGAAGGAUAGAGGCCAUUUGUUGCAUCACAUCAAGUUGAAGUAG